UCUCUCCCCACCCUUCUUCCCUUCUCCCUCCUCACACUCACCCCAAAAUACAACUCGCACUUUCCCUCCUGAAAUCUCUCUCACCACCCAAAUCCACCUCCUCCCUACCCUCUCUCUCUCUCUCUUAACACAUGCCUCCACCCUUUCCCUGCCACCCCCUCCCCCCAAUCCCACCAUGGGCAACUGCUUCUCCAACGACAAAUCCCCGCGGCCGGCCGCCGGCAACGCCGCCGCCGACCGCCCCAACCUCUCCCCCCACGCCGCCCCUCCUCCGAAGCCCUCCCCACCUCCCUCCAAGCCGGUCCCCAUCGGCCCCGUGCUCGGCCGCCCGAUGGAGGACGUCAAGGCCACCUACUCCAUGGGGAAGGAGCUCGGCCGGGGCCAGUUCGGCGUGACGCACCUCUGCACCCACAAGCUCACCGGGGAGCAAUUCGCUUGCAAGACGAUUGCCAAGCGGAAGCUCGCCAACAAGGAGGAUAUCGAGGACGUCCGGAGGGAGGUCCGGAUCAUGUACCAUCUCUCCGGGCAGCCCAACAUCGUGGAGCUCAAAGGCGCUUUCGAGGACAAGCAUUCCGUCCAUCUGGUGAUGGAGCUCUGCGCCGGAGGGGAGCUUUUCGACAGGAUUAUCGCCAAGGGGCAUUACACCGAGAGGGCGGCCGCUUCCCUCCUGAGGACCAUCGUGCAGAUCGUGCACACAUGCCAUUCGAUGGGUGUCAUUCACCGGGACCUCAAGCCGGAGAACUUCCUCUUGUUGAGCAAGGAUGAGAACGCCCCGCUCAAGGCUACCGAUUUCGGGCUCUCCGUGUUCUUCAAGGAAGGAGAGGUGUUCACGGACAUAGUUGGCAGCGCAUACUACAUUGCACCUGAAGUCCUAAAGCGAAAAUAUGGGCCAGAGGCAGAUAUAUGGAGCAUUGGAGUUAUGCUCUAUAUUUUCCUGUGUGGAGUUCCUCCUUUUUGGGCUGAGUCCGAGAACGGAAUAUUCAAUGCUAUCCUGCGAGGCCACAUUGAUUUUACAAGCGAUCCUUGGCCAAACAUUUCAUCUGGUGCCAAGGAUCUUGUAAGACAGAUGCUCAAUUCAGACCCCAAGCAGAGGCUCACAGCAUUCCAAGUCCUCAAUCACCCAUGGAUCAAAGAAGAUGGAGAAGCACCUGAUACACCUCUUGAUAAUGCUGUUCUCAAUCGGCUGAAGCAUUUCAGAGCAAUGAACCAGUUUAAGAAAGCAGCACUGAGGGUCAUAGCCGGAUGUCUAUCAGAAGAAGAGAUUCAAGGGCUGAAGCAGAUGUUCAAGAACAUGGAUACUGAUAAUAGUGGGACUAUAACACUAGAAGAACUGAAACAAGGACUCUGCAAACAAGGAACGAAGCUCUCGGAGUUCGAACUUAAACAGCUCAUGGAAGCUGCUGAUGCAGAUGGCGAUGGAACAAUAGGCUAUGAAGAGUUCAUCACAGCAACGAUGCAUAUGAACAGAAUGGACAGAGAAGAGCAUCUCUACACAGCAUUCCAAUACUUCGACAAGGAUGGCAGCGGGUUCAUUACCAAAGAAGAGCUCGAGCAGGCCCUCAAGGAGAAAGGUUUGUACAAUGGUCAGGAAAUCAAGGACAUCAUCGCUGAGGCUGACUCCGACAAUGAUGGAAGGAUCAAUUACACUGAGUUUGUGGCAAUGAUGAAGAAAGGGAAUCCAGAUCCAAACCCAAAGAAGCGGCGUGAUGUGUUCGUGUAAUCUGGCAUGAGAACAGGGAGUGGAAGAUCAGCUACUCUGGUGUAGUGAUUGACAUGAUGAUCAUAUGGGUUGCAUUCAAAGGAGAAGCAACUAUUCAUGAAAUUAAUUUCUCUCCACAAUGUUGAUCGCGGGAUGGACUUAAGAUGGAAUUGUAAUCAACAACCUUUCAGAGGGGGUGUAGGGAGGUUGGUCUGUACUAAUCUUUUCUCAGCAAUGAAUUAGGCAAAGUG